UGCACUCGGAGGCUUCAGUUGAAAGCGCGACUUCGUGCGACGCGGUUGUGUCGCUCCGUCAUAGGGAAUACGUCCGAGUUCAAGCCGUGAGAUACUCAGAUACCCAAAUACAGUGGGUAGCCGACAGGACUGUGAAAACUGCGCCAUAGUGUUUGGAUUGGCAUGUGUGAAGUAGCGUUCGCGAUCGAGCAUAUAUAUUAUAUAAUUUAUGCGAACCAAUUUGGCGCGACGGUGUGCGAGUGCUCUUGACUUUGUUUGGAGCAACUGCAUCUGAGACUGGAGACUGCAGACUGGCAGUGCAACUGGAAGCGCUGUCUCUGACAUUUGAUCUUUGCAAAGAUCACAUCACAUCACACAGUGCAUCGCAUCGGGUGUGUGUGCGGAGAAGGACGGUCGACCAAUAUCGUCGACCAUAUGGAAUAUAUUUUAGCUAACCACCUACAGCGACAAUUAGUUUGUUCAAUUUAAGACUCUCCGAUUGCCAAGAUUGAAGCUCAACACCGCCGACCACCCCCAACAGUCCCAGCUGUCCCCGACAUCUCACCAAUCGGCAAAAUGUUGGCGCUAAUGAUCCCCACGCAUUCGCGACUUUUGGCCCUGGCUUUGUUCUGCUCGGCGUUAUUUUUGGCCAGUGAGGCCCAGAACUCUAUCCAGGGAGCUAGUCCUGCCUCGCACCUAAUGCAGAAGACCUCGUUCUCCUGCGCCGGUCGUCCUGCCGGAUACUAUGCGGACGUGGAGACGGGCUGCCAGGUAUACCACAUGUGCGAUGGCCUGGGCCGGCAAUUCAGCUACACGUGCCCCAACACCACCCUCUUCCAGCAGAGGAUGCUCAUCUGCGAUCACUGGUACAUGGUCAACUGUUCCAAGGCGGAGAGCAACUAUGCAGCGAAUCUGCUGAUUGGCCAGAGGGACAAGCCCUUUGUAAACGACGAGGAGAACAACUUACGCACACCUCGGCCCGACCUUCUGGAUCGACCCUAUGCCCCGGACUAUUCUGGCGAGUCCUUCCGCAGCCAAUACAAGCAACUAUCACCCAGUCCGAAUCAGAUCCGGGAUGAGUCCCUCAAGGCCGGAAGUCCAGGAAAAUUCGAUCCCCAGGCGUCGCAGACACGCUGGAGGAUUCCCCCUCCAAGCCGGACCAUCUUACCACCAGCUUACGAGCCACAGAUAGAGCUACCAAGCAGCACAGUCAGGCCAAGGAUCACCACCCCUACCACAACGACUCGCCCCACCACCACCACUGUUUUCACGACCACAACAACCCGAAGGCCAUCGGUGGCCACAAAACGCACAGAGGCUCUGCACACACGUCGUCCCAGCUUCCCAGCGAUUGAGGUGCCAGACACGGACGACCUGGGAACUAGCCACAGCACACGGUACAACACCUCCGCUGACUUUAACUCUGCAGAGUCACCCAGCAAGCAGACCAGCACUAAGCUGGUAAAGUUCAUCAAGCCGCCCUCGAAGAUCUAUGAGCCGCCCUACGUGUAUCCCAUCUACAAUUUGGAGGAGCCCCAGCCGAGCGGUGCCGUUGCCUCGGGAAUCCGCACAUCCACAGCGGCUCCGUUCAGUCCUGUCCCCAGCCGGCCAGAGACGACUACCACGACUGCACGACCACUUAGUAGACCAACGACUUUGGCUGGCGUGCCUUUCUCCUUUGCCACACCACCCACCACAGCGACCACCUUGGGAGCUCCGCCGCGUAGUGACAACCGAACUCCGGCGCCAGCGCAGAGCUUCCGUCUGGCUACUCCUCCUAGCACACCAGCCCCACCGGCAUCCCCUGCGCAGCUGCCCUUCAACGAUCUUCUGCCGCCUUUUGUGGAUUUUGUGCCUCACGAUAUAGCCACCACCCAAGGCCCUCCCAUUUAUUACGAGUGGAAGAUACCCUCGAACGGACUUGAACCGCCCAAGCUUGAUCCGCCCAUCGGAGUGGACGGGCGGGAGUACCCAGAAACCGACGGCAACUACGGCACGGGUGUCUCAAGCAAAUCGGAGAUCUUCAGCACCCGGCUCAACGACAUCGUCAGCCAUCAAAAGCCAUCUGUCCAGCAAUCCAGCACCAGCCGCCGAGUACCCAUUUCACGGUCCAUCAAGGCCAAAGAAGAGGAGGCUCAGCCGCAGCAGACGGCAGAGCGCCGCUCAGAUGUGGUAGCUAGCUCCACCGACAUUAGCCACCUUCGCAAACAGUUGCUCAUCCCAGAGUACGCCUUCCCGCUGGAGUCCAUCGGACGCACUGGCUACGGGCCGGGCAGUGGUGUCGUAGCGGGUGCAGGAGCCACCGGAGACCUAUACAACUCGUUCCAGUUGAAGAUUCCCGAGCAGCGGGCCAAGUGGUUCGGUGAGAACCCCAAGUGCCCGGAGUGCCAUCCAUCGUUUGUUCUUCCGGGCACCUGUGAGCCGUGUCUGCGCAGAUAGUCCCCAAUCCAUCUGCCCCCUUCUCCCAAUUCCGCAUUUCAUUAUCCGCAUCCGCAUUCGCAUCCGCAUUUGCUCCUAGCCCUAGUAUUAGCCGCCGCUGAGAAGCCCGGAGAGAAGCAUCUACCACGCAUUUAAGUGUUAAUGUUAUUGUAUAUCCGCAGAUUAAUAAUUAAAGCUACGCAAAUAAC